AUGGCGGAGGACGCCCCCAACUUCCUGGCGCCGCGCGCGAUGGGCGCGUUGCGGCCGGCGCUGUCAUAUGGUGCCGCAUUUGUUUCCCUCAAGGCGCAGGGCCUCUGGUCUGAGGACGAGCCCGAUGGCAGCAUCGUGCUGGGAGUGGCGGAGAACAAAAUCUCGUCGGAUGUGCUUUAUGCGCGCAUCCGCGAGCUGGGGCCGUUUCCCCCUGAGCUGCUGACAUACCAGGCGUGGCGGGGGCUGCCCGAGCUGGGGCUGGCCCUCAAAGCCAUGCUGGAGUCAACUUUCAUGAAGGGUGUGAAUGUCGACCCGGAGCAUCUGACGUGCGCGGCGGGGGCGGGCGCAGUGGUGGACCUGCUGUUCCACUGCAUCACGUCGCCUGGGGACGGCGUGCUCAUCGUCGCGCCAUACUACCCCGCGUUUGACAACGACCUCACGGUGCGCAACGGCACCGUGCCCGUGCCCGUCCACCUGCACCCCGACAAGGGGCCCCUGGCCGCGCAGCUCGACGCGGCCAGGGCGGCGUCAGAGGCGAAGGGCGUCCCCAUCAAGGCGCUGCUGCUGUCCAACCCGUCGAACCCUCUGGGCACUGUGGCGCCGGAGGCGGAGCUGCGGGAGCUGUUGGGGUGGUGCCUUUCGAACAGCCUGCAUUUUGUCAGUGAUGAGAUAUACGCCCUGAGCAUCUUCAAGGAGGGGGGGCCAGCCUUCGUCAGCGCUGCGCAGCUGGCGGCUCGCGAGGCGGCGGGGAUGAAGGGGGGCGAGCGAGCGCGCGACCUGGUUCACGUCAUAUUCGGCAUGUCCAAGGACUUCUGCGCCAGCGGCCUGCGCCUGGGCUGCCUCCACAGCCGCAACGUGUCGCUCAACGCCGCACUGUGCAACCUGGCGUACUUUGCGCUGCCGGCCGCAUCAGUGCAGUGGCUGUUCGCCACCCUGCUGGCGGAUGCCAAGUUCUUGGCGUCCUUCGUGGCAGAAAACAACCGGCGGCUGGCGCACUCGUACGACCUGCUCACAGGCGCGCUGGCGUCGGCCGAGGACGGCCCCGUGCCCUUUGCCCCCGCAACCGCCGCCAUGUUCCUGUGGGUGGACCUCAGGGCUGGCCUGCGGGCCCCCACCUGGGAGGAGGAGGAGUCCCUGUGGAGCCACAUGGUGGAGGCGAAGCGGCUGCUGCUGACGCCCGGCCGCGCGUGCCACGCGGAGGCGCCGGGGUUCUUCCGGAUCUGCUGGGCCUGGAUGCCGGCGGAGGCGCUGCCUGUGGCGGCGGCGCGGAUCAAGGCGGCGGUGCGGGAGCACAAGGCGCGGCCUGGGGCGGCGGGGGCGGACCUGAACUGA